CAAAAUAGAUCACAAAAUGGAAGAUGAUAAGAAACUCAGUUUUGCUGACCGUGUCGUGCCAAUGAGGAAGUCCAGAAGGCACUCCAAAAGAAUCCCUGAAGUUGGCUCCCCUACUGAUUUCAAACAUCUCCUUCACAUUGGCACAGAUUCUCACCACGUUGACAUCUCAAAUGUACCACCACAGUGGAAAGACAUUUUGGAGAUAGCAAAACACUGUCACGAGUUGGAUAUCUCAAGCAACAGCAGUGCUGAAUCUGAAAACUGCAAAAAAGACAGUCCCCAGAAAGAUCAGACGCAAGCCAGUCCUGCUCCCAUCGAGGAGGAAUUCGACUUCAAAUCUGAGAUUGAUCUGUUUGCUGAUCUUGAGCGUUCACUAUCUGAUGAUUACAAAAAGUUCCUGUUCGGUUGAAGAAAGAAACGCUGCCCAGUUGGGAUUGUUUGAGUUCGCCAUGUGGAUGUUAGCCAAAAUAGUCGUGCUGCUUGCUGUUCAUAACCAAUAGUAAAUGAUCAAACUUAUCUUGUCGACUAAUCUACAACGUCUAUACCUGCUUGUGAACUUAUGUAUUUGCUAUGUGACACACCCGUCACUUGAAACUGAUAAUCUGUAAAUACUGGAAUUAGAAUUUAAGACUACAUUGUUCAGUUUGUUGACUCUCAGUGAAACCUCAGUUGACACCCAUUAUUUGUGAGAACAUGUUUGCUGAAAGACAGUGUUGCUCCACCGACCCGCUGGAGUUAGUGCAGUUUCCAUGGCAAACAUUAUAUUAUAGCUGUGUUGAUCACUGCUAGAUAAAAACUACAUUCUUUGUAUUCGCUAUUCAUGUUCUGUGGAUGCUGUUUAUUUACUUAGGUUAAACUUUACCUGUAGUAUUAUUGGUAUUAUUGUAAUCCCUCAAAACUAUUUUAUAGCACACACUUUUGUAGAAUCAAUUAACAAUGUUUGCCAUUAAUUUUACUACAUCUUCUGAUACUGGUUUAUAUGUAGUGUAGACGAUAAAGAUCUAGCUGAUAAACAAUUUUUAAGAGGAGUUCUUAUAUCCAAAUUUUUUGAUCUUAUAAAGAUAUUUUAUUUUUAGCAAGUUGCGUUUAUUUCAAAAACUUGCAUACAAUCGCAGUAACUGAACUGCUUGUUUUUAAUAGUUAGAAAUUUAUAUAUGUGAAUGCAUUUAUAUUAAAAUUCGUGUGCAAUUCAAUGUUUUCGAUAA